UGAAGAUACAAUUGGUUCGAAUUUAAACAAUUGAGAUAUCUGGGAACUUGAUUAUUUCUUCAUUCGAAACGGACCUUUAUUCUAUUUCUAUAUUCUUUCUAGAUCCAAGGACUAAACAAUUCAAAAAAAAAAAGAAGGAAUAGAUCCGAUCCAUAGGUUCCAUACCUUGUUAUAGAACUCAUGCUUCAUAGAAAUAUCGGAUCAGAUAGAGUCGGCGAAUGAGGCAGUUUCAUUAACAAUUUACAGAACAGAUUAAAAGUGCCAAAAAAGAAAGCAUUGACUCCCCUCCCAUAUCUUGCAUCUAUAGUCUUUUUGCCCUGGUGGAUCUCUCUCUCAUUUAAUAAAAGUCUGGAACCUUUAGUUACUAAUUGGUGGAAUACAAGGCAAUCCGAAACUUUUUUGAAUGAUAUUCAAGAGAAGAACGUUCUAGAAAGAUUCAUAGAAUUAGAACAACUAUUCCUGUUGGACGAAAUGAUAAAGGAGUACCCGGAGACACAGAUACAAAAGCUUCGUAUAGGAAUCCACAAAGAAACAAUACAAUUGGUCAAAAUGCACAAUGAAGAUCAUAUCCAUAUAAUUUUGCAUUUCUCGACAAAUAUAAUCUGUUUUGCUAUUCUAAGUGGUUAUUCUAUUCUGGGUAAUGAAGAACUUGUCAUUCUUAAUUCUUGGGUUCAGGAAUUCCUCUAUAACUUAAGCGACACAAUAAAAGCUUUUUCUAUUCUUUUAUUAACUGAUUUAUGUAUCGGAUUCCACUCGCCCCAUGGUUGGGAACUAAUGAUUGGUUCGGUCUACAAAGAUUUUGGAUUUGCUCAUAACAAUCAAAUUAUAUCUGGUCUUGUUUCCACUUUUCCAGUCAUUCUAGAUACAAUUUUGAAAUAUUGGAUCUUCCAUUAUUUAAAUCGUGUAUCUCCUUCACUUGUAGUGGUUUAUCAUUCAAUGAAUGAAUGAAGAACUCAUUUGAUCUGCCGAUAUCAAUCAAAUCCGAAUGUUACUUCGUACAUAAACAAACCAUUUUUAAUCUGACUCACUCUUUAUACUUCUACCCGUCUAAGGGAUUCCCCCUCCAGUACAAUGGCAGAAUCGUGGAUAGGGAACUAUACUAGCUACCUACCUAAUUUAUUGUAGAAAUUUCCGGGAUCAAUAAUUGGACCAUGCAAAAUAGAAAUACCUUUUCUUGGGUAAAGGAACAGAUGACUCGAUUCAUUUCCGUAUCGAUCAUGAUAUAUGUCAUAACUCGGACAUCUAUUUCAAAUGCAUAUCCCAUUUUUGCGCAGCAGGGUUAUGAAAAUCCACGAGAAGCAACUGGGCGUAUUGUAUGCGCCAAUUGCCAUUUAGCUAAUAAGCCCGUGGAUAUUGAGGUUCCACAAGCUGUGCUUCCUGAUACUGUAUUUGAAGCAGUUGUUAGAAUCCCUUAUGAUAUGCAACUGAAACAAGUUCUUGCUAAUGGGAAAAAGGGGGCUUUGAAUGUGGGGGCUGUUCUUAUUUUACCCGAGGGAUUCGAAUUAGCUCCCCCCGAUCGUAUUUCUCCCGAGAUGAAAGAAAAGAUAGGCAAUCUGUCUUUUCAGAGUUAUCGCCCCACUAAAAGAAAUAUUCUUGUGGUAGGUCCUGUUCCUGGUCAGAAAUAUAGUGAAAUCGUCUUUCCCAUUCUUUCCCCGGACCCUGCUACUAAGAAAGACGUUCACUUCUUAAAGUAUCCCAUAUAUGUAGGUGGGAACAGGGGAAGAGGUCAGAUUUAUCCCGAUGGGAACAAGAGUAACAAUACAGUCUAUAAUGCUACAGCAGCAGGUAUAGUAAGCAGAAUAGUACGUAAAGAAAAAGGGGGGUAUGAAAUAACCAUAGCUGACGCAUCGGAUGGACACCAAGUGGUUGAUAUUAUACCUCCAGGACCAGAACUUCUUGUUUCAGAGGGUGAAUCUAUCAAGCUUGAUCAACCAUUAACGAGUAAUCCCAAUGUGGGUGGAUUUGGUCAGGGAGAUGCAGAAAUAGUACUUCAAGAUCCAUUACGUGUCCAAGGUUUGUUGUUCUUCUUGGCAUCUGUUAUUCUGGCACAAAUCUUUUUGGUUCUAAAAAAGAAACAGUUUGAGAAGGUUCAAUUGUCCGAAAUGAAUUUCUAGAUCCACGGAUUCAUCAAGCUGGUAAAAAGAGCCGAAUUGUUGUGAUCGAUGCAAUUAUGUAUGAUUCAAAAAAAUCAUGGAAAAUGUUUUGCUUGCUUUGUUUAUACUGUUUUUCUGCGAGAUGCCGGAAAUUGCUUGUAUCCCAUUCCUAGCAAUAGUAUGUAUAUUGCGAAGAAGACUACUUGAUACCCCCUUCUUUUUUUCAAUCAAAAUGGGAGUGUUGUGACUAUGCUAGGCCUCCCAUUGGCAGAUUGUAAAUGCCAUGUAAUGCAUCAAUAGUUUUUUUGUACCUAAUAGAAUCGAAUUCUAAUAGAUAAUAGGCAUAAGUAGGAAGAGAAUACACGCGGAUAAAUGAAAGGAACAAAUGAUUCUAGGAGGGAUUACUCGUCUUCCUAAUCUUCCACACAAGAAAAGGGUGGAAAAUUCCUUUUCUUGUGUGGAAAUAAUAAUGAUUAUUGAUCCUGUUCGUCAAAGAUUACUAUUUAUUUGAUUUUCCAGUUCUAUCGGAACUCGUUUGUUUCGAUUCAUAAGAAGUAGUGGACAAACAAAAAAAGGGCUGGGAGUAACUUACUGAGCAAAUAAAACUUCUUCAAUGAACUUAUAAAAAAAAGUAAAAAAAAGAAAAUUUUAACUGUGAUGAGAUAAUCAAUAAGGAUUGGGAUAUGCGCAAAAAUCCAAGAUUUCAUCUUUUCGCCCGGAGCAUUAAGAGUCUUUUUUUUGCUUGAAAUUUUCUUUUUUCUUUUUCUAGAGUAAGAUUAGUAUCGAAAUGAUUUGCAGGAUGUCUCAUCUAUAGAAAUCCAUAUUGUGUCAUCCAGAAAAUCAAUUGAUUCCUUCUUUCUUCUUGCUUCGGGGGAGUCCCUCCAUACUAUGGAGGAACAGAUACUAUGAAUCAAUCAAUGGAUUCAAUUCUUCAAAAACAUCAUCAGAAACAAAGGAAUGGAGUGGUUUGAAACAUCGGAGCAAAGGAUCCGUUUUGUUAUUUCUACGAAUAUAAUAUGAUUAUUGUGUUGACUGGAUGAAUUUCCAAAUUUUUUUAUGUUAUGGAAUGGGUCAAACAAAGUUUCGCCCGAAGAGUAAGAACUCAACAGGACCUUACCCCUCUUUGUCUGAUUCGAGGGGUAAGGUCCUGUUGAGUUCUUACUUUUUCAUGUCGACAAUCCGGUUCAUCCGAUUACUAUAGGGAUGAUCCCAAUCCGGAAUAUGAACCGUAAAAGAAAAUACCCAUUGAACCGAUCACAGGAAUACCAGUUACAGUACCUAUCAGCCAAAGAGGAAUCCUUCCAGUAGUAUCGGCCAUUUACCCCACUUCCCUCCACAUUUCAUCAAGUGGUCGUGCUAGAGACAUAAACAGUCAUGGAUAAUUAUGAGGAUGAUAUCCUUCCGAAUGGGAUAAGAGAAUUCCUACUAUUCUCUUUCUUUCUCUCAAUUAAAGAAAUAAUUGGAAAAUAAAACAGCAAGUACAAAAAUGAGUAAUAACCCCCAGUAGAGACUGGUACGAUUCAAUUCAACAUUUUGUUCGUUCGGGUUUGAUUGUGUCGUAGCUCUAUAAUUCGGAUUAAGUUUAUCGUUGGAUGAACUGCAUUGCUGAUAUUGACCCCAAAAAAGAAA